CGGGGCCGGGGCCGGGGCCGGGGCGCCGCGCGGGCGCCAUGGAGGGGCUGCGGCGGGGCCUGUCGCGCUGGAAGCGCUACCACAUCAAGGUGCACCUGGCGGACGAGGCGCUGCUGCUGCCGCUCACGGUGCGGCCGCGAGACACGCUCAGCGACCUGCGCGCGCAGCUCGUGGGCCAGGGCGUGAGCUCCUGGAAGCGCACCUUCUACUACAACGCGCGGCGGCUGGACGACCACCAGACGGUGCGCGACGUGCGCCUGCAGGACGGCUCGGUGCUGCUGCUCGUCAGCGACCCCAGUUGGAGGAGGUGGAGUCAUGACCCAGGGGACCGGAGGUGCUGGCUAAAGGAGCAGGCUGGGGCUGGGGUCACCUUCCAGAGGCACCUCCCAGGAGCCCUGACAUCACUCUGGGCCCAGCCAGCAGCGGGGAGCCAGCGUGAUCCUGAGGCUGUGGAUGCCCCCGCAGGGCCUCCAGUGCCCAGUCUGCAGUGGGAGCCAGAGUGCGCCGGGAACCGUGUGCAGCCAGGGGAUAUGACACGAAGAGAGGCGCAGAGGGGAGAGGAGAGGACCUCAGAGACUCAUCAUCCCUCCCGCCGUGUACAUUCUCUGGGCCACACCUGUGUCUGGGCUGCGCCCCCUGGCCUGACGCACCUUCCACAAUCCUGUCUGCCACUCCAGCUCAUCUGGGAUUCCAGCCUCCUCCAGGAAGUCUUCUGGGAUUCCCUCCUCACCAGCCAGUGAGCACUUUGUCCUCUGUGGCGCCCCCAGGAGCCCCCUCUACUGUGAACUGCCUUGACUGGGGGAGGGGGGAGUGCAGCCAAUUACUGAUGAAAGUUCCAAUGACUACAGGUGGAGACUGGGGGACCCAGCCC